AUGCUGUCCAUAAAUAUUUUUGGUUGGGAGCUUUCAACAAUAGUUAUUGAAGGAAGUUCAUUUUAUAUUGUGGAUGACAAUCUAUAUGCAUUGUUUGGAUAUGUAAAAAUAAAAACAAGAGUUGGAUAUCUGAAGGAACUGUGUUUUUCAAAAGCUCAGAAAUAUCCUUUUAUUUUACGUGAGUCUGGCCAGGUUCAGAAAAGCACAGAAGGUGUGAGGAAGUCCUCCUGCAAACUUAUGUCUGGUGAGAAAUAUAUAUUAACUCCAGACAUGUUGUCUUUAAUGCUUUUGGAGAAGCAAGACCGAGGCAAAGCAAAACUCAGGAGUGUAGUUUGUACAAAUUCUUUUGUAAAAGAACUAUCUCAGCUUAUUACUCUGGUUCCACCUCACAGCACCGAGAGU